GAGCCGUGUCAGUGACAGAUGUGAGUCUCUCACAGCUUCAGUCUACAUGCGGUUCGAGUGUUACAGUUCUGGAAGAUAGCACGCGUCUGCGCCAACAUGGAUUGCGAAUGUGAUUGUUCAGAGUACAGUAACGGACAGGCGAACGCCAUCCUCUUUAACAUCCUCAGCCGAGGCGAGUCGACUCAGAACGAGAUGAACUACAAGCGGGUUCCUCAGUCAUGCCACUGCGAGAAACGCAGGAACGUGUGUCUGAAAACACCCAACGAGACGUGUCAGGUCGCUUUGGACGUGCUGGUCAAGACGAUGCACUUCAUGAAGAGUUUGCCGGCGUUCCAGCAACUACCACCCAAAGACCAGCUAUCUCUGUUGCAGAACGGCUGGGCGCCACUUUUCAUUCUGGGUCUGGCCCAGGACAGAGUUCGCUUCGAGGUUGAUGACGUACCGGCACCCAGCAUGCUGAAACGAAUUCUUCUCAACAACCAGGAGAUGAUGAACUGCGAUCGAGAGCAGCCCACGAUGGCUGGCGUGCAAACACUUAAAGCGUGCCUCAUGAAGUUCUGGAGUCUGGAUUUAAGCCCAAAGGAGUACGCUUAUCUGAAAGGCACCGUCAUAUUCAAUCCAGAUGUUCCAGGCCUGAAGGCAUCUUUGUUCAUUGAGGGUUUGCAAUAUGAAGCUCAGCAUGCCCUGAAAGAGGUCCUGGUGCCUCUUCAUCCAGAGGAUAGAGGGCGAUUUGCUCGAAUCCUCCUCACCGCGUCCACUUUAAAGACCAUCACUCCGAGCCUCAUCACAGAGCUCUUCUUUCGGCCGGUGAUUGGUCAGACAGAUCUUCUCGACUUGCUGAUUGACAUGCUGUUCACGAGGUAGUGAACCAAAGACUCACGUACUGCUUGAAUUUGGACUUUCAAAAGAGGUCCAAACAUUGGAUGAAAAUCAUACUUCGUUACGUCUGAAAAAGUUACAGACUUUAGCACAUCUUUAUUGUUUACACAGUUUAAUGAAAUUACUGCACCUUUGUAAUGGUAUUUAUGUCACAAGUAUGUGGUUUAUGUCUUAGUAUUGAUUGUUGUUGUUUUUUUAGCCUUUUGAUAGAAGCACCGUUGCAAAACUACAAAGUAUUCCUUGAUAAAACUGUAUCUCUGCGCCUAAGGGGGGGUUCAUGUAUUGUCUCUGUGAGAAAGCUAGAUUAAAUCUAAGAAAAACUUUUGUAUGUUCAUAAUUAUACUGCAAUUAAAUAUUUUUAUACAUUUUGCAUUAUCA